AUUUUAUCCAGCAGUGUGAUCGACAGCAUGAGUGAGUGCGUCCAGCUGCAGCGUUCCCGCGCGCGCGUCAGUGCGGGCAGACGCGUCGCGUUCAGCAGAACUUCUCCAUCUGAUCCGGCUCUGGCGGUGGGUCUGUAGCCCCGCCCCUGCUGCCCGAUCUGUAUUUAUGGUUAUUGCAGCAGCAGUCAGUCGGUAGUGUAAGAUCCUCAGCUCACUGACGCACGCGCUCCCACACCGCAGACUGGACCAGCAUGACCGAGGCGCAGUCCGAACCCACUCCAGACGCCGCGGAGGCGACAGCGCCGCCGCACGACGCGAACGAGUCGGAGAUGAAGCAGGAGAACGGCGACUGUAAAGGCUCCGCGAGCGAGGAGAAGGCGCCGCGGGAGUUCGAGCCCCCGGAGGGCGGCUGGGGGUGGGUGGUGAUGCUGGCCUCGAUGUGGUGCAACGGCUCGGUGUUCGGUAUCCAGAACGCGUUCGGCAUCUUGUUCGUGUCUCUGCUGAAAGAGUUCGGCUCCGAGUCGGACGAAGACCUGCGCUUCAAAACAGCGUGGGUCGGCUCUCUCUCAAUGGGUAUGAUCUUCUUCUUCUCACCGAUCGUCAGUGUGUUCACUGAUCUGUUUGGCUGCCGGAUUACAGCAGUUGGAGGGGCAGCGGUGGCAUUUGUGGGACUUCUGGGCAGUUCCUUCGUCAAGUCUCUCGGGCCGUUGUACUUCACCUACGGCAUAGUCUUUGCAUGUGGCUGCAGUUUUGCAUAUCAGCCGAGUCUGGUGAUCCUGGGUCACUAUUUCAAGCGGAGGCUGGGCCUGGUGAAUGGCAUUGUGACGGCGGGCAGCAGUGUAUUCACCAUCACGCUCCCGUACAUGCUGACCGGCCUGCUGAAGAGCGUGGGACUUGCCUACACGCUGCGUGUGCUGAGCAUCUUCAUGUUCUUGCUCAUGCUGGCAGGACUCACCUACAAACCCCUGCUGCCCAAACCCGUCAGCAGCAGCAAGUCAGGCAGCCGCUGUCCCUCGCUCAAGAGGGUGUUUAACAUGAACAUCUGGAGGUCUCUGGGAUACCGCAUAUGGGCAUUUGGGAUCCCUGCAGCCCUGUACGGAUACUUCGUGCCUUACGUUCAUCUGAUGAAGCAUGUGGAGGAGCGUUUCGGUCAGAACGCUAAUAAAGAGGUUCUGCUCACGUGUAUCGGCAUCACGUCUGGAGUGGGUCGUCUGAUCUUCGGGAGAGUGGCAGACUACGUCCCUGGAGUCAACAAAGUCUUCCUGCAGGUGUCCUCGUUCCUGGUGAUCGGGCUGAUGUCCAUGAUGAUUCCUCUGUGUCACGUGUUCGGAGGGCUGAUCGCCGUGUGUCUGCUCAUGGGCCUGUUUGACGGAUGCUUCAUCUGCAUCAUGGCUCCCAUCGCAUUCGAGCUGGUCGGCUCCCAAAACGUGUCGCAGGCCAUCGGCUUCCUCCUGGGCAUGAUGUCCGUCCCCAUGACCGUUGGACCCCCCAUCGCAGGGUUCCUCAGAGACCGUCUGGGCAGCUAUGACGUGGCCUUUUACCUGGCAGGCAUUCCUCCCAUCAUCGGGGGGGCCAUGCUGUGUCUGAUCCCGUGGGUGGAGGCGCGGAGGAAGAGGAAGGAGGCGCAGAUAGCGGCUGACACCACCGAGAAGAUGCUGGAGAGCAAGAGCAGCACGCAGGACACCGCAGACGACGAGAUGAAGACCAAGGACCCCGAAUCCGUCAUCUGAGAGUCGUGAAGGUUUACAGCGGAGAGACUGACAGAUAUGUGUGUGUGUGUGUGUGUGUGUGUUUUCUAUCCCUGCAGGAACAUGCGGAUCGGCAUAAAACAGGGCUUCUCCACAAGUGUGAUUUUUGAGCUAUGCAUCUUUCAGAGAGUUUGCUUGAAUAUUUUUGUAUUGAGUUUCUAGGCUUUAAAAGGGAAAUGUUCGACAAUCAUUGGAUAAGAAGGGAAGAUGUUUGCUGGUGAAGCCCUGAGAGGUGAUGCAUGGGAUUUCAUUUUAACCAGCUUAUGUUUGCUUUACUCUUAGAAUCUAGCUAUAAUUUUAUAAUGCCAGACUAUAUGAAGUCACUCGUAUGAUUGUUUUAAAGGGGAACGUCAGCCAUGCAAUAUGUAUUCAUUCCUCCUGAGUUUGGAAAAUUCGAAACACGUUUUUGCAAAUGCACAUUUUAGCCACGAGUGUUACUAGAGGAAACGUCACUGCAUGGAGACAGUGUUUUAUAUGCAAUUAUCUGUGAUGUAUUUUGAUUGAGAAGUAGCAGCUGAGGAAUCAUUAAUGCUGCUUUAAUGUGUAGCGCAGCUGAUGCUGUGCCAGUGUUCUCAGUGAGUUAGUAUCGAGCGGCGUGUUU